GACCCUGGGAGUUCUUGGAGUAUCUAGAGGUACAUCAAAUUGGAACAAUGUAGAACAAUAUCAAAAGAGAUAUAAAAUAUGAAUACCACGCUGCACUAUGGAUUUAUCCAAAGUUACAAAACCAGGAAUCACAGUUUUGGUAUGAUGCCGGUCCACAGAGGCCCCCAGGGAGGGAAAGACUCAUCACCUUCUACAGAGGGCUGUGACAAGCAGCUGUUAAUCUCCACUGAGGUCUUUCUUACCCUGGGCAUUGUCAGUCUGCUGGAGAACAUCCUCGUUAUAGCGGCUAUUGCCAAAAACAAGAAUCUUCACUCCCCCAUGUAUUUCUUUAUCUGCAGUUUGGCUGUAGCAGACAUGCUGGUCAGUGUCUCCAAUGCUACAGAGACCAUUGUCAUUGCAUUGAUCAAUGGCCACAAUGUGUCUAUCCCAGUUGAGAUGAUUCGCAGUAUGGACAACAUUUUUGAUUCAAUGAUCUGCAGUUCACUGUUGGCCUCUAUCUGCAGCCUGCUUGCCAUCGCCGUGGACCGCUACAUCACCAUUUUCUAUGCCCUCAGAUACCACCACAUUGUGACAGCCCGUCGCACGCUGGCCGUCAUCAGCUGCAUCUGGACGUACUGCACUGUCUCAGGUGUCCUCUUCAUUGUUUACUCAGAGAGCACCACUGUGCCAGUGUGCCUCAUCAGCAUGUUCUUCUUCAUGCUGGUGCUCAUGGCCUCUCUCUAUGUCCACAUGUUCCUGCUGGCGAGGCUCCACAUCAAGCGGAUUGCGGCUCUGCCAGGAAAAGCACCUGUCUGGCAGCGGACCAACAUGAAGGGUGCAGUGACCCUGACCAUUCUCCUGGGAGUGUUUGUGGUGUGCUGGGCACCCUUCUUCCUACACCUGAUCCUCAUGAUCUCCUGCCCCAGAAACCCAUACUGUGCUUGUUUCAUGUCCCACUUCAACAUGUACCUCAUCCUGAUCAUGUGCAACUCUGUAAUUGAUCCACUCAUAUAUGCCUUCAGGAGCCAUGAGAUGAGGAAGACCUUCAAGGAGAUUGUCUGUUGCUGGUACAGCCUGCCAAAUGUCUGUACUUUUGAGACUUCUGAAUCAUGCUAACAUCCUGUGGGUGAGGAAGAGUCUUGAUUGUGAAAGCAGUGAUUUGCUCAACAUGUAAAUAGUGUCUCCUGUAGGCAAUCUAUAACAUGCUAAACACUGCUUUGCCAAAAUUAAAACAUCGAUAUACUAAGAUUGUACCUUAAAAUGUCAAGAGUAGUGUCAUAUAUUUUCUAUGUAGAUAUAUGUGCUCUUUAGCAUACAGUCUGGAUACAUUUCUGCCUCAAAAAUAUCUAGAGAGUUAAGGAUUUAGAAGUAAUGGGUUACAAAGGGGUAGACAUACCUUAAAUUAAGAAAAAAACUGCACUUAGCACCACUUUACAUACUAUAUGUUUUGAAUAGAUAGGCUUGUGAUGAGUGUGUGUAGACU